AUAUUUAUUUAUAUGUAUAACAGUUAGAUGCACCGCUAUUGAAUGAAAGAUCCUCCCCCUUAUUAGGGGAUUGUAAUAUCCCAAAAUUUUGUGAUAUUUUAGCAUUUAAGUAAGGGUUUUUGUGAGAUAAAAUAUUAUUUUGGCCCCUAAUAGUGAAUAUUUCAAAAGUUGAGGGACUUAAAAGUGAAAGACAAUUGGACAAGGAUCAGCUAUUUUUCCUUCUUUCUUCCCCAGCCAUUUCGCGUUUCUGCUCUUCUUCUUCUUCCCCGACAAGCUGCCCAAGCCACCAAUGCUCCCUCUUGAGAGAAAUCGAAUUUCCAGAUUUGCUCGGUGUCUCUUCCUCCCUUGUCCAUCGGUUUCUACUGGGUGUGAAUCCUUCGGCUUUUUCUGUUUGCGUGAUUGCCCCUCCAGGUUCCCGUCGGCUUCCCCAAACCCGCCAGCUCCGGCCAUGCUUGCUGAAUUCUGGUUCUUGAUCGUUCUGUCAGUUUAGCAUUGAGAUCGAGUCUUCGGUUUUAUGCGAGUGAGGUAAGUAAAUUAUGGUAACGCCCUCCGAUUUUAAAGCACAUUUUAAAAGCAUGUUUUGACUUGUUUUUGAAGUGGUGGUUGGACUAAACCCGUUUUAUACAAAAGUAAGUAUGAUUGAUUUGAAGUGAAAAUUUUAUGCUUUUCAUUAAAUUGAGCAUGUCUACUUGAAAUUUAAUUGAUUGUCCUGAUGAUUUGAAAGUGAUUGGUGAAUUAUGAUUUCUCUGUUAACUUCUGCAUGUUUUGUCUCUGAUGUGGUUAUGUUAUUGAUGAUCCUGCUAGUGGGGGUUAAACGCUAGCACAUGUCGACAUGUUAUUGAUAGAACUGAUUCGUCGAGUGACCCUGCUAGUGAGAGUUAUACACCAACAAAUAGUGUAGCCUGUCAGUGGGAGGUUUAAACAUUGGCUAUGACCUAUAGAGGAGACGUCUAUUUCGUUCCCGUACUGUAUCUGUUUUUUAUGAUUGCACUUGUUGGCAUGCUAUAAGUUUAAUAAGGGCACUCCAUAUUUUACUUAUUGAGUUUAUCUCAUAGUUUUCCUUGUACACCAUUUCAGGAAGUGAAGUCAAGGACGGGGAAACCACGGGAAGUGAUGAGUUAGAAGGCUAGCCACUUUGUAAAUUGAACAUAGAUUUUAGAUAUAGAUCAUGAUCUUGUAAGUUAGAUUUUAUUUGGAGAUUUUUGAUAUCAAGACGAUAUUACCUUGAAUUUAUGAGAUCAAAACAGAUUUCGAUCAUUAGAUCAAUUACUUGGAUUGAAGUCAUUUUUGAUAUAGAAAUAAAUUGAGAUGUCUGAU